AAAGAACACAUCUGUGACAAUUAACUUGUUUAAAUCAAAUAAACCUCAGUAAAUAUAAUUUUUGCCAACCUCAGGUUUAACUUUUGUUUCAAUGAUAUUUAAAAUUAGAGAUUCGCAAGGAAUCCAAAAAUAUGAAAAUCAAUAAUCAUCUUAAUUGAGGUUCAUAUUUAAUCUUAAAUUAUCCUUGAUUUUUUCAUUUUUUAAAAUUAAUAUUAUUGUAACUAAUUUAAAGAACUAUUUAAUUUAAUAUGUUCGUAUCAUUUGGAGAAAAGUUAGGGUUAAAGAGCAGUCCUUCAGUUCUGAGACAAAUGAAAAACUUUAGUUCUUCUAGACCUAACCCGUUUGAAAAGGUCAAGAAAACCCUGGCAGGAACCAAUAAGAAGUAUUUUUCCCUGAGGGAUCUGAAAGACCCAAGGCUUUUUGAGCUUCCAUUCUCAAUCAGAGUACUGUUGGAAGCAGCAGUAAGAAAUUGUGAUGAAUUCAGCACAACCAGUAAUGAUGUUGAGAAGAUCUUAGGUUGGGCCAAAAACAGCCUGAAUCAGACUGAAAUCCCUUUCAUCCCAUCAAGAGUCUUACUUCAAGAUUUCACAGGUGUUCCAACAAUCGUUGAUUUGGCAGCAAUGCGAGAUUUCGUAGCGAAAUCUGGCAAGGAUCCAACCAGAAUUAACCCUCUGGUCCCAGUUGACCUUGUCAUUGACCACUCAGUUCAAGUCGACUUUAGCCGUGACUCCAAAGCCUUGGCUCUGAACCAGGAAACUGAAAUGAACAGGAAUUCAGAAAGGUUCAGAUUUCUUAAAUGGGGAGCACAAACCUUUAAAAAUACACUCAUUGUUCCUCCAGGAUCAGGAAUUGUUCAUCAGGUUAACUUAGAGUUUUUGGCCAGGUGUUUGUUUGAUAAGAACGACUUGUUGUACCCAGACUCUGUGGUUGGAACAGACUCCCAUACCACCAUGAUAAACGGGCUAGGAGUUGUAGGCUGGGGCGUUGGAGGAAUAGAAGCAGAAGCAACAAUGUUAGGACAACCGAUAAGCAUGUUGCUACCACAAGUGGUUGGAUUUGAGCUUGUCGGAAAGCCAAGUGAGAAUGUGUUUUCAACUGAUGUGGUUUUGGCAGUUACAAGUCUUUUACGCAGCGGAGCAGGCGUGGUAGGGAAAUUUGUGGAGUUCUUUGGAGAAGGAGUUAAGUAUCUAUCUUUAGCAGAUAGAGCAACUAUUGCAAACAUGGCACCAGAGUACGGAGCAACUGUUGGGUUUUUCCCUAUUGACCAGCUAACACUCGAUUACCUUCUUCAAACAGGUCGUCCAAAUGAAAAAGUCGACCUCCUGGAGAGGUACUCUAAGGAGAACCUACUCCACACUUCAAGCAGUAACGCUGGUGAGAUCAAGUAUAGCACAGUUGUAAGACUUGACCUGAGCACUCUUACCCCAAGUAUAGCCGGACCAAAGAGACCUCAAGAUAACAUACCACUACACCUCGUUAAAAGCAAGUACUCAGAGUUACUAACAAGUAAAGAUACAAAGGGUUACGGUUUAGAUAAGUUGUCGAACAAAGUUAAAUUUACAUACAAAGGCAAGGAGUAUGAAUUGGAUAAUGGGUCAGUGGUAAUUGCAAGUAUUACGUCAUGUACCAACACCAGCAACCCGUCUGUGAUGUUAGCAGCGGGUCUUUUGGCAAAGAAUGCAGUGGAACACGGGCUUUCAGUCAAACCUUACAUUAAGACUUCAUUAUCACCAGGAUCCAAAACUGUAACACGUUAUUUGGAGUUGAGUGGACUAAUAGGAUACCUGGAGAAACUAGGCUUCUACAUUGCAGGUUACGGAUGCAUGACAUGCAUCGGAAACUCUGGAGAACUCGACCCUGAGGUUACUGAGGCUGUAGUGAAUAACAAGCUGGUGGUUUCAUCAGUUCUGUCAGGAAACAGAAACUUCGAAGGAAGAGUUCACCCACACACAAGAGCUAACUUUCUGGCUUCACCACCACUUGUAGUUGCAUUUGCACUUGCCGGAAACGUCAACUUUGACCUCAUGAAUGAGCCCCUGGGUGUUAGCACGAAAACCGGGAAGCCCGUUUUCCUUCAUGACUUACUCCCAAGUAAGGAAGAGGUGUCUAGUCUUGAGGCUCAGUUCGUUAAGGCCAGCUUAUUCAACGAUGUUUACCACAACAUUACUGAGGGAAGUGACUCUUGGCGUAAACUUAACGCCCCUAAGACAGAGCUGUACCCCUGGGAUGAACUCUCAACUUACAUUCAGCAUCCCCCAUACUUCAAAGGCAUGCAUUUGGAUAAACUAAAUGAAGUUAAACCCAUUACCGAUGCAAGAGUUUUACUCCUCCUAGGUGAUUCCAUAACCACUGAUCACAUAAGUCCAGCUGGGAACAUUGCUAAGAACUCACCGGCUGCGAGAUUUCUUAUGGAAAACGGUGUCGAACAGAAGGAUUUUAACUCGUACGGGUCCAGGAGGGGAAAUGACAAGGUCAUGUCCAGGGGCACGUUUGCCAACAUUAGGAUUAAUAACCUUCUCUGCCCCGGGCAAGGCCCCAACACAGUGCACUUUCCCACCAACAAGCUUAUGUCUGUCUAUGAUGCUUCUGAAUUAUACCAGAGGGACAACACUCCUCUGGUAGUUGUUGCAGGAAAGGAGUACGGCACCGGAUCCUCGAGAGACUGGGCAGCUAAGGGGCCUCUUCUGCUCGGAGUUAAAGCCAUUUUAGCCGAAUCUUUUGAGAGGAUCCACAGAACCAACCUUGUUGGAUGUGGGAUUUUGCCAUUACAAUUCCUAGAUGGCCAAAACGCCACAACGCUUAACCUUACGGGGACUGAGAAAUUUACUGUUCACCUUGGAAGUGAUGUUGUGCCUGGUUCUCUAGUCAGGGUCACCACUGACACUGGAUUAUCAUUUGACACUAAAUGCAGAGUUGAUACACAAAUCGAGAGUGAAUACUACAAACACGGCGGAAUAUUACAGUACGUUUUAAGGUCGAUUUGUAAGUCAGACUGAUUGAUUUAUAAUUUACUCUUGAUCCGA